AUGGCUAUUGAAUACGCGGGUCCCUAUGAUGCAUCGGCAAUUCUGUCUGAUGUUGCCCGCGAAAUUGAGAUUUAUGAGAUCCAACUCGGUCGGGUACAAGCCGGCCAGGUGGAAGAAACCCUCUUUACCGAAUUUAGACUUCGGCACGGGGUUUACGGACAGCGCGAUGACCGGUCGCAGAUGAUCCGUGUCAAAAUCCCCUUCGGUGGUCUCACAGCGACACAACUCGAAAUGUUGGCAGAUGUUGCCGAAGAAUUUUCGGAUAACAUCAUUCACAUCACGACCCGUCAAGACGUGCAGUACCACUACGUGGACAUCAACAACACGCCGGAACUGAUGCGUCGUCUCGCAAGCGUUGACAUCACAACAAAAGAAGCGUGCGGUAAUGUCGUCCGAAAUGUCACAGCAUGCCCUCUCACCGGGGUUUGCCAAGAUGAGACUUUUGACGUGACACCUUACUCGAAAGCGUUGUCAGCGUUCCUCUUAGGACACCCAGAUGCGCAGGACUUUGGUCGUAAGUUCAAAAUCGCAUUUUCCGGAUGCGAAGAACACGCUUGCGGCUUGGCAAAUAUGCACGACAUCGGUGCCGUUGCCGCGGUCAAAGAGGUUGAUGGUGAAGUCAAACGCGGCUUUAAACUCUAUGUCGGCGGCGGACUUGGCGCAGUACCACAUCAGGCGAAAAUCUUUGAUGAUUUCGUCUCCGCAGAGGAACUCCUACCGAUUUCACAGUCAAUUUGCAGAGUCUUCACCCGUUUAGGUGAACGCAAAAAUCGGAAUAAGGCUCGUUUAAAGUUCGUCAUCGCUAAACACGGCAUUGAGGAAUUCCGCAGACUGGUGCUUGAAGAUCGAGAAACGCUACGUCCACUCAAGGCACCGACGCAACUCAACGGCACCUCGAAAUCUGAAGAGUUUGAGGAAUGGUAUGCAUCUAAUGUGCGGUUGCAGAAGCAGCCCGGCUACGCCUUUGUAACCACUACGCUGCCGCUCGGUGAUAUUACCGCAGACCAAACGCGUGCUUUGGCAGACAUUUCCCGGAAAUACGUUAAAGACACCAUCCGCGCUACAGUUGAGCAGAACAUCGUUCUCCGCUGGGUAACGAUGACGGAUUUGCCAGCACUCUAUCGCGAACUGAAAGAGAUCGGUCUCGGCGACCCCGGGGCAGAGUCUAUGGUUGAUAUUACCGCUUGCCCGGGUACUGACUCCUGCAAACUCGGUGUUUCUUCUUCACGGGGUCUGGCAGCGCACCUGCGAAACCAUUUCAUUGAAACCGGUGUACAGAAUGAAAUCAAAGACUUUCGGAUUAAGAUUAGCGGAUGCCCCAACUCAUGCGGACAGCACCAUGUCGCGAAUAUAGGCUUCUUCGGUUCCUCGCGCCGGAUGGGUGCACAUAGUGCUCCCUUCUAUCUGGUCCUACUCGGUGGACACAUGAUUGAAAACGCCAGUUCUUACGGACUUGCCACUGGAAAAAUCCACGGCAAAUAUAUUCCGACGUUCAUCGAGGAAUUAACCGGUAAGUACACAGCGGAACGAAAUGAGGAAGAAUCCUUCACCGAUUACGUCGCACGGCUCGGUAAAGCGGAAAUCAAGACGAUUCUGUCCAAGUACGAUACGAUUCCUUCCUACGAGGAAGCACCGGAAUUCUACGUGGACACUGGCGACACGAAAGAUUACCAACUCAAAACGGGUGUCGGUGAGUGUGCAGGAGAGGUAGUAGCACUUGUCUCCAUGAAGUUAGAAGAAGCAGAUCGGCUUAUUUAUGAAUCCGGUUUGAAUUUGGAGAGCGGUGAAUAUCAAGAUUCUGCGGAGAUGGCUUUUAAUGCGAUGAUCAAAGCUGCAGACGGACUUCUGACAACGGUAGGUUUGCAAUAUAUCGACGACGCGACCACCGUCAAUGAAUUCCGCACCCACUUCUUUGAACCGGGUAACUUCUUCCCGGGUUACGGUGCCCAUAUCUUCAAGGCGACGGAGGAAGAUGCCUCUACGUUUGACCACGAGUUGGCACACCGUCGGGUUGAAGAAGCGACGCUCGUUGUUGAGGAAUCGCAUAAUGUCUAUGGACGUAUGCGCAUCAAACAAGAGGAAGAGGAAGAGAGCCGUCGUAAGACACGUCGCUCACGACCGGCACGGAAGCCGAGGGUUGUCAAGGAGACGAAAUCGGUUGAGGAAAUCGUCGAUAGCCUUGAUCUCAAAGGGGUCGCUUGCCCGUUCAAUUAUGUCCAAGCAAAAGUCCGAUUGGAAACGAUGCAACUUGGGCAGCUUCUGGAGGUCACCAUUGAUGAUGGUGAACCGUUCGAGAACGUACCGAAGAGCCUUACCAACGAUGGGCAUGAGAUCCUUGACACUAAGAAGGUCGGAAAACACUACCGCCUUACCGUCCGGAAAGGUAUGAGCGACCAAUCGCCUUUUUACAAUGGGAAGUGCCAUAUCAUGGAUGCCGAACAGAUUUAUGAAAUUCUUAACCGCGUGCGAACCUGGGAUGCCAAGAUGCGGAUAGAUCUCGCUCGUCAGAUUUUGGAAACUGUCGUGCCGCCACAACCUCCUCUUCCUGCACAGACCAUGACGUUGGAAGAAGUCCAGGCGAUUAUGAAAACAGAUAAGCGUCCGCCUACUGACGAGGAGUGCGAAAAAAUCCUUGAAGAGGAACGCCUGAAGAAAUACGGAUGA